GAGCUGCAGCGCUGCUCCUGCGACAGGUGGUGCAGCGAUUGGGAAGCAACGACUCCGCCCUGAGAGAUCUGAUCUCCAGGCAUACGAAUAUCCUCAUCGUCGACGACUUCACGCACUCCGGGUCGGUGGAGUCGCCUGUGCUCCCCGAGCCGCGCUGCCGAGCCAACUCUGCGGACGAGCUCCAUUGGUACGUCGCACCCAAUGGAGAUGGAUUGCCCCCGGUCCGCUGGAUCCUGAAGAAGCCCUCCGCACUUCAGCGGGUGCUCUUGGAAGGAGGCCUGGGCUUUGCUGAGUCCUACAUGGACGGAGACUGGGAUACGGAUGACCUGGAGCGAUUGGUCUAUGAAAUGUUGAAGCUCGAAAACGUCCGCAGCGAGCUGGGAUGGCGUGUGAUGCCACUCCUGAGUAUGAUCUUCUGGGGCGCACUGAAAUGGAAGAUUCUCCCCGGCAAUUCCCUGAAAGGCGCACAGAGCAACAUUGCGAAUACCUAUGAUGUCCUCAACUCACCGAAGCUUUACGAGAUCAUGCUUGGGCCCACAAUGCAGUAUACCUGCGCCUAUUAUCCACGCCCAGACAUGUCUCUAGACGAAGCGCAGGAGGCGAAGAUGGACCUUAUUGCCAAGAAGCUGGAUCUGAAACCAGGCAUGAGAUGCUUGGAGUUUGGCUUUGGCUUCGGAGCGCAGGCCCACUAUCUCGCAUCCAAGUACGGCGUGCACGUCACCGGCGUGACGCUAUCGCGGGAGCAGAUGGCCUGGGCAGUGGAACACAACGCUCACCCCAACAUCGAGUACCGCUUCCAAGACUACCGCGAGGUUACUGGGAAGUUUGACCGCAUCUACUCUGUGGGCAUGUUCGAGCAUGUUGGCCGAAAUUCCUACGAGACAUUCUUUGACAAGUGCUACGAGCUACUCAAGGACGAUGGCAUUAUGCUGAUCCACACGAUGGGCUGGGCGCGACGGGGGCCAUGGAAUCACAACGCCUUCGUCAACAAGUACAUCUUCCCGGGGGGGGAGAUGCCGACCAUGUCGCACAUGACCAUGGAGUACUCGGACCGAUGGCACAUGGAGGAUUGGCAAAGCUUUGGGAAGAGCUACGUGAUGACUUUGAGGUGCUGGUUGGAAAGAAUCCGAGAUUGGAAGGGCCUGGACGAACUUGACAAUCGCUUCCGCCGGAUGUGGGUGUAUUACCUUUGCGCUUGUGCGGCGGCCUUCGAGCGGAGGCGUGUGAAGCUCUGGCAGAUCACAUACACUAAGCUCAACAGCACCCGGCCGGAUGACUGCCUCCACAUCCGUAAUGAAGCGAGCGAGGAGAUGGCAGCGAGCACUGCCGCUUGA